AUGCGGUACGUGGUGGCCGGGCUGGUACUGUUUGCAACCCUCAACCUAUACAUGUGUCGUAUAAACCUAAGUAUAGCCAUCGUAGCCAUGAGUCGGUUCAACAAAACCAGUCACUCAUCGGGUAGUGAUGUCUGCGAUACCAAUGCCUACACCACUGACCCAAACAAUUCAACCAACAGCACCACUGCCUACCAGUCCCCGCACACAGAGCCCACCGGGGAGUUUGAUUGGGAUGAAAAGACCCAGGGUAUGAUUUUGGGCACAUUUUUCUACGGAUAUAUACUGUUUCAAGUGGUCGGCGGUAGGCUGUCCGAGAUGUUUGGUGCUAAAUGGCUGUGCGGUGGGGGUAUAGCCGUGUCUAUUGUGGUGAACGCACUGACCCCGAUCAUUGCCAGGUCGGGCCAGUAUUGGCUACUACUGGCCAGUCGUGUAGUGUUGGGUGUGUUUCAGAGUUUUGUGUUUCCGUCCAUUUAUGCCUUGUUUUCAAAGUGGGCGCCGGAUAGUGAGCGCAGCACGUGUCUGGCCAUACCAUACGUGGGCGCCAACAUCGGAUCGGUAGCCACGACAGCGUUAUCAGGGUAUUUGUCUGAACACGGAUUCGCAGGGGGCUGGCCAUCAGUUUUCUAUGUCUCAGCAAUUUUGGCCACCGUUUGGCUCGUAUUAUGGGUAAUACUGGUGCGAAGCGAACCCAAAGACCACCCCUGGAUAGCCAGAGAGGAACUACAUUAUAUCCAGGCUAAUAUAGCAUCCAGUGGGAAGGGUAGCACUAAACCUCCCGUUCCCUGGAUGAAAAUAUUUACAUCUAUACCCGUGAUAGCGGUGGUUGUAGUUAAGUUUACAGUGAACUGGAAUUGUAUAUUACUGUUGUUGAAAUUACCAUCGUACUUUUCAUCAGUAUUUAAAUACCCAGUGUCCAAGGGAAUGUUUUUGUUCGGGUGCUAUUCCGGUGGUGAUGUUCCCGUAGUGGCCGAUAUGACCAACAAGUACUCGGCCACCGUAUUCGGCAUCACAAACACCGUGGCGUUUACGGCGGGUUUCAUAACCCCUAUGGUUAUCGGUUUGAUAGUACAGGCGUCCGAUGAGGUGCGGCGCCAGUGGGGGUACGUGUUCUGGAUGUCGGCCGCCAUUAACGCCUUCGGGGGACUGGUAUUCAUCGUGUUUGGGUCGGCACAGCAACAGGAGUGGGAUAAACACACUACACAACCGGAACCCGGGGUAGUGUCUAAUAUGUGA